AUGGGGUCAACAAGGGUUAUGGAGGGUCGGACCGACGGGCAUUACCUUCCUUUCAUUGUGUUUCUUGUCGCUGUGAGCGGAGUCGACGAUCUCAUGGAGGGUCAGACGAGAACAUCAACGGGCUUUGAAGGAUCCCGUGAAGCCAAGCAGCCUUUCCCACCGUUGCUUGACGAAUUGGCAUUGCCCGAAGAGGUCCAGGAGAGCUUCGCUGAAGAUGAGAGCGUGACCUCGCCGGGAUAUGAAGAGAUUGAGGUCGAGGACGACGCCGAUUUCCGGUCGCAUUACUCUCUCGAGCCACAGUCUUUGUCGGAUUCGGAAUCCGAAGAGUCGGCCGACGAGAUUGGAAGACAUCACCCCUUUCGACAGUCAACCGGCUCCCUCUACGGGCCAAAUGCCUUUGCGCCCCCGUUUUACAACCGCCCACCAACUCCUCUCCCGCCGUCACCUUCCCUCACUUCCCUUUUACGACCCCCGUUCUCGACCACCACGUCGCGCCCAACCACUCCUGAUAGUUCUGAUGUGGAUACACCUAACGACACGGAGGCCGCGGUCGCCAAGUCUGCCCGGCGCGCAACCACAGUGCCCCGUGCCAGCCCCAAGGUUCCGACAUACGAAUACUACGGUUUCGUGCUGUAUUUGGCGUCUUCGCUCGCAUUCUUGAUUUAUUUGUUGUGGUCGUACUUACCUUCCCCAUUUCUUCACCAACUGGGCAUCUAUUACUAUCCCAAUCGAUGGUGGUCAUUAGCCAUUCCGUCCUGGCUCGUCAUGUGCCUUGUCUAUAUCUAUGUCGCCCUCGCGUCGUACAACACCGGCUACCUGACUUUGCCCAUGCAUAGUAUCGAAAAUAUCGUCGAUGAGGUCGCCAACGUCGCAGUGAUUGAUGGAAAAGCAAGGCGACGGCCCGGAGGCUCUACCAAGAUGAAACCCGGAGCCACCUCAUAUCAAACAAUGGGACCACAGAAUCGAAAGGUGAACUGGCGAGAGAUCUGGAGUGAAGGAACGGACGCGGUCAUGGAUAUACCCGUUGGUGGUGUGUGCGAGGUCCUGUAUGGCCAAGAACGCGAUGAUGAUGCAAGUUCAGCGACCAGCUGA